AUGGCGGCUCAUGAAAAUUGGGCCGCGAAAAAUAGGUGUAAAAAUUCUGCAAAAAAAAAGGGAUUUGAGGCUGGGAGCUGGUUCAGGAAGGGACCUGCUGAUUCCUUGUGUUCCUGAGCCUGUAAUUAAUGCAAACGAGGUGAGCAACCGGAGUGUGGAGGGAAUGGGGCAGAGUGUUGGGGUGGAGGAAGGAGCCGUCCUCCUCCUCCUUGUCACCGGCUUCAGGGGGGUCACACUGGACGCCCAGAAAUGAGGGGAAAUGCGCAAAGAAAUCCACCAAACUCCCCGUUUUUUUACGCAGAUUUUGGCAGUGGAUUGGAGACUUGCUGGGGCUUGGGCUCCCGCUUCCUCGUGCCAGUAAAGUCACCGGGGACAGACUGUCGGCACUGCUGGUUUUGGGGUGAUUUCUGCAAAUUUGGGGUCAGAUUUGGCCGGGCCCUUUGAGGAGAAUCCUGAAUCUUACCAGCUGGGCACGUUUCAGGGACAAGGGCUCUCCUGUGUCCCUGCUGUCCCCUUGUGUCCCCCCCUCCCCCCCAGGUCUGUCACCGAGGGCAGAAAUCAAUUAUAAAUUAUGAUUUUUAUAAAAUGCAAGCAUCCCGCCGAGCUGGAGGGUCUCUGGGGCAGGGACAGCACAAUUCAGGCAGAUUUGGGCCAAGCGGGGCUGCGGGGUCAGCCAGGAGGCGCUCGUGAGGUGAUUGCAGCCCCCGGGUGCGCUGGCCCUUUAAGGAGGAGGGGCGCUGGCCCUUUAAGGCCGGGGGCGCCGCGAACAGGUGCGGCGGUAAUCACUGAGCUUCGGGGAGCAGCGGGGGCUGAGCGACGGGGAAAGCCACCAAUGGGAAGUCAGAGUCAGCAGGCGGGCCAAUGAGGGAGUGGGGCGGGCCGCUGGCCGGGGGUGCGGAGCGGUCAGUCACCUCAGGGCGCGGAGCCGGGCGGCGGGUCCCGUGUCGGGUGGGUCGGUCGGUCCCGAGUGGGUCGGUCCCGGGUGGGUCGGUCCCGGCUCGGCCAUGGCGAGGCGGGCGGGGGGCGGCGCCGGGCCCCCCGGGGACGAUUUCUCCUUCGUGAGCCCGACGGUGAAGUACGUGCUCUUCUUCUUCAACACGCUCUUCUGGGUGAUCUCGAUGGUGAUGGUGGCGGUGGGGGUCUACGCCCGGCUGCUGAAGCACGCAGAGGCGGCGCUGGCCUGCCUGGCGGUGGAUCCCGCCGUCCUGCUCGUCGCGGUGGGCGUCCUCACCUUCCUCAUCACCUUCUGCGGCUGCGUGGGCUCCUUGCGGGAGAACAUCUGCCUGCUGCAGGCGUUCUGCAUCUGCCUGACCGUCGUCUUCCUCCUGCAGCUGGCUGCUGGCGUGUUGGGCUUUGUCUUCUCUGAUAAGGCGCGCGGGAAGGUCACCGAGAUCAUCAACGGUGCCAUCGUGCAUUACCGGGAUGACCUGGACCUGCAGAACCUCAUCGACUUUGGGCAGCGGGAGUUCAGCUGCUGCGGGGGGGUCUCCUACAAGGACUGGUCCCAGAACAUCUACUUCAACUGCACGGCCGCCAACCCCAGCCGGGAGCGCUGCUCCGUCCCCUUCUCCUGCUGCCUGCGGGACGCUGAGCAGGCCGUGGUGAACACCCUGUGCGGGCGGGGGGUGCAGUCCAGGAGCUACCUGGAGGCCGGCGCCUUCAUCUACACCAACGGCUGCAUCGACAAACUGGUCAACUGGAUCCACAGCAACCUCUUCUUACUGGGGGGCAUCGCCCUGGGGCUGGCCCUCCCCCAGGUACCGGCGGGGCCUUCCUCCUGGUCUUCCUCCUGGCGGUCUUCCUCGCGGCCUUCCUCACCUCCUCUCCCUCUCCCGCACAGCUGGUGGGCAUCUUGUUGGCUCAGAUCCUCAUCAACCAGAUCAAAGACCAGGUCAAGCUGCAGCUCUACAACCAGCAACACCGGGCAGACCCUUGGUACUGAGCCCGCGUGCCCGUCCCCGCAGCGUCGGGGAGACGCAGCCUCGACGGUGAAUUUAUUGUUUUUUUUGUUUUUUUUUUUUUUUUUUUUCCCGAACGCCGGAUCCGUAGGGAGAGCUGAAGGGGUUUUGCUGGAGAAGAGGGAGGUUGGAGAGGGACGCUGGGGAUUCGGUGGGCUCGGCAGCCGGUGCUGUGUUUGCUGGGAUGUGCCGUGCUGCUCCGCGCGACUUGUUUUUGGGGGGGGGGGGGGGGGGGGGGGGAACGUGACUGAACCGCCCCCAGUGAGCCGCUGUCUGUCUGUCCGGGGGAGUGAGAGGCGGCGCGCAGGUCGUGCUUGGAUGUGGGCGUCCUGUCUGUCUGUCCUCUCCUGAUCUGUGCACCGCGCUGCCUUCGCCCCCGGGGUGGGGAGAGGGAAUUGGGGGUGUCGCCCCCCGUCGCUGGGUGCCACAAACUCCGCCGGCUCCGUCCUGCUGUCCCUGGGGGACGGACACACAGCCAAGGGUUUCGUGCUGUCCUGGCCGCCCUGGAAGAAAAAAGAACAGGAGGGUGUCCCGUCGCUGAACCCCUCCCCGCUGAGCCCCAUGGGGAGGAGGGGACGGUCCCCUGUCCCCCCGAGGGCUCAGUGCCGGGCUGAGACGUUUCCCUUUGGGUUUCAGGGGGGAAUAAAGAGAGACAAAGCCAGA